UCAUGAGGAAUUUGAGGUGUGAAUUGGUCAUUAACAUAUCUUUUGUUUCCAAGGGUGGGAGAGGUCUGAGGUGUGAAUUGGUCACUACAAUGUGUGACAAGCUUGGUAGGAAACAUGUGUUCAGUGUUUUGUCCAUUUGAGUACCUUGAAAACACUUUGCAUGCAUUUUUUUUUAUGAUGAAAAAAUGCUCUGGACAGCAUCAGGAACUGGAAGAGUUAAAAAAAAAUUUCAAACGCUUAGAAAUGCGAUUUGGUUUAGAAGCGUUUGGCGUUUGAAACGCUGAUAAAAUCGACUGCGGAACGUAAGUUUUCUGCGU